AUAUAUUUAGAAAAUAAAGAAGAAAAAUCUUCACAUUUUUUUCACUGUUUUGUGUUUUAGCCUUUAGCUAAUGCUUAAAAAUCUUUCCUUUAUAAUGCAUUUUCCUUUAGAAGACUUUAUUUUUUGGAUUACUCUCAAUUCAACCAAUAUUCAUUCCUGUCAUUCCAUUAUUUACAUCCCCAUGUUUUCUUGAGAAUCGCCCACUUUGAUAGAAAAGGAUGCCUUCGAAUUCGAAUUUGUGCUCUAACCGCGAUCUGAUUCUCAGUAUUUUGGCGCUAUUUUCUUUUUCAUUUGGUGUCUGCCGUGCGACUGAUCAGCUGGUAACUGACGACAGCUUCACUGUUUCCAGCUUCAGUUACCCAGAGACUACGCUCAGGCCCUCUGAUUUGCGAUAUAUCAGAGUUGAUUUGCCGACAUGGUUUUCUGCAGUGUCUAUAGCAUUGAACUCAGAUGUAGACCUUGAUGUCAAAAAAGUUGAAAAGGUUCCACAAAGCAUGCUGCCAGUAGUAUGCUUUAGAGAUGGCAGUCCUCCACUGCCAGACACCUCAAAUAUUUCCCUGAAAGAGUCAGCCAUCUCAGGAAUGAAUAAUCUUUAUGGGGGGCAGUGUUUUCUAAUGCAGAAACAUAUUACUUUGACAUUGACAAACGAGCAGAUAUCUCCAGGUGUUUGGUACAUUGGUCUUUUCAAUGGCAUUGGACCUGCUAGGACACAGUCAAAGAUGAUUAUCCGAGGUCCAACUUACUCCUUUAGUGCCAAUAUGAGUGUCAAAGCAUGUACUAAUACAAUGAUGAUGGGGGAGUUCUGCAACAGUACAGUCUAUCCUCUCUCAUGCACAGGGCCUGAUGUCUUUUCUGCUUCUAACAGUGCGGUUGUCAAGCCAAUGGUAAAAAAUGUAAUGACCUGCAGAAAUAAUUUUGAAACUUUAUGUGUUCAGGAAGGUGGAGCAAAAGUAUACUUCUUGGAUAUAAUGAAUAUGGUAGAAGAGUUAAGCAUUAUGGCCAUAAAUGUCAGUUUCAAUUCCACUGCAUCAACUAAUGGUGCAAAUGACAUUAAUGUGAUGUGUUUUGUUCGCCAUGGAGCAAUGCCUUCAGCAACUUUGCAUGAUUAUUCCAGUAAUAUAUAUAAAGCUCCCCUGACCAUACAAUCACCACUGAUUGGUCGUUGGUACAUUAUUAUAUUACCACUUAAUCUUACAAGAAAAAUUGGAGACGCUGCAGAUAGUGAUGUAAGAAUCUGCUAUUCAAUGGAAUCACGAUUGUCUGAAUGCCCGUUUGGAAGAGCUGGAGCAAAUUGCACAAUGGCAAGCUACAAACUUCAGACAGUUCUAAGCAGAGGUAUAAGCCCCUUUGAAUCAUAUUAUUUACCAAUUGGUGAAGUCUCCUCUGAUUCAGCCAAGUUUCCUCUUGAACCACUUUUAAGCAGCUCAUCCAAUGGUGGAGAACCUGACAGCAUAUGGACUUACUUUACUAUGGAAAUUCCUCAUGGCGCAGCUGGAGGGAAUAUCCAUGUACACCUAACCUCAAAUGUGAAGAUCAGUUAUGAAGUAUAUGCUAGAUUUGGUGGAUUACCAUCUAUUGAUAGCUGGGACUAUUAUUAUGCAAACAAGUCAAGGAGGAGUGACCCGUCUAUGUUUUUCAUGCUAUAUGAUUCAAGAGAAGACAAAGUUGAUUUUUAUAUUAUUUAUGCUAGAGAAGGGACUUGGGGAUUUGGUCUACGACAUCUCAAUAUCAACAGUGAUUCUUCAAAGGGACAGACCUUCAUGUCCCUUUCACUUGAACGAUGCCCAAAUCAAUGCUCCUCUCAUGGAAGCUGUAAAUUUUCAUUUGAUGCUAGUGGAUUGACAUCAUACAGCUUUUGCUCCUGUGACCGAGACCAUGGAGGCUUUGACUGUGGCAUUGAACUAGUAUCGCAUAAAGGACAUAUAAGGCAAUCAAUUUUUCUCAUUGUAUCAAAUGCCGCAGCCAUACUUCCUGCGUUUUGGGCCCUUCGGCAGAAGGCAUGGGCAGAGUGGAUUAUAUAUACAGCCAGUGGAAUUUCAAGUGGAUUGUAUCAUGCUUGUGAUGUUGGCACCUGGUGUGCAUUGAACUAUAAUGCCUUACAGUUCAUGGACUUCUGGCUCUCUUUUAUGGCUGUGGUUAGCACAUUUGUGUACCUUGCUACCAUUAGUGAGGGAUUUAAGAGGGCUAUCCAUACUGCUGUGGCUAUCCUUACAGCUCUCAUGGCUGUUACCAAGGCAACCAGAUCUUCCAAUAUUAUUCUUGUGAUAGUAAUUGGGACUCUUGGCCUACUUAUUGGAUGGUUGAUAGAGCUCUCAGCAAAGUAUAGGUCUCUUUCCUUCUCAUUUGGAGUCCCACCAGACUUCCGUUGCUGCUUGGAAGCUGUAAAGCAAUGGCUCUAUAAUCUUGUCAAGACACUUCUGAGACGGUUCCGAUGGAUUUUUGUGCUCGCGGGUUUUGCAGCAUUGGGCAUGGCAUCAACAAGCUGGAAACUUGAAACCAGUGAAACCUACUGGUUUUGGCACAGCUGGUGGCAUAUUGCAAUAUAUACUUCUUCCUUCUUCUUCCUUUGUUCAAAAGCAAAUAUUGUUGAUAGUGAUGAGAACCAGCAUCCGCCUUCGGGUGGAAGCUAUGCGCUGACUCGCAUGGAUUCCUUUCCAAGGGGUGUUUAGGAGAAUUUCUAUGCAAGAUCUGAGUGUAAAUAGAUAGGGUUGGGAUUUUGCAGGGUUUUAAUCAUGUGGUAUGGUGAGCUCGUGUGUAGGUAACAUUCAAAUAUGAGACAGUGAAGUCAAAUAUAUAGCUGGCUGGUUGCUGACUUAUUACAUUAAAUUGGUUGGAAAUAGAAGAAAUAAUAGCUUUUUUUUUUAUA